CGUUUCUUGAGCAGAGGGAUUGCACAGCCAGAUACGGAUAAAACAAGGGAUUUGAAUAAUGUAACAAUAGUAAGAAGGAACAACAUCAACAGCCAUGGCAACCCCAUCUAAGUUGUAAACCCACAAGUUAAUUGCAGCUUUCUUAAUUUCAUGGCAAAAAGGACGUCAAGGACAUUAGCCCUUAGGAAUCAUGUGGUGCAGGCAGGAUCAACAAUCUUCAGCUAAGUCACCUCUUCUUUCUUCUCUCUCUCUCUCUCUCUCUCUCUCUCGCGGAAAGAGCAUAUUCAAAUAGUAACUUUAGAUAUUCGUUUUAUGCUUUAUAUUUUCCAACUUUGCUAAUUUAUGAAGCAAAGUAUUGUAUAUCAAAGUCUACAAUCUUAAACAAAUGAACUAAGCAAAGGCAGAUCCCUGUACUGUACGGAUCCUGUAUACAGCUAGUAACCUUCAAUAUUCGUUUAUGCUUAUAUUUUUCAACUUGGUUAAUUUAGUAAGCAAAGUAUUUUAUAUCAAAGUUUAACACGAAGCAAAAACCACCACCACAGAGCAGGAGCAAGUAGACAUGGAGGACUUAGAGAUAGAGCACGCAGAGAUGGCGUACUGGAGAACGGAAGAGGUUCUUCUUAAAGACGAGGGAGAGAGUGCAAGUAAAAUUGAAGUACUGAAACUUCCUUACGAUCUAGCCAUGGAGAAUGACUGGGAAGGCAUGAAGAGAUACUUCGUGGACAAUCCGCAAAAACUGAAUUCUCCAAUGACAGUGGACGAAGACACUGCAUUGCACAUUGUAGCGUCCUGCUGCAGGAGAAAAUCACAGGGCAAACAAGUCCUUGAAUUCUUGAUUAAUUUACUGCCACCAAGCUAUGAUGAAAGAUGCAAGGCCGUGAGGGUUCCAAAUAAACUCGGCAACAACGUUCUUCACGAGGUGGCGAUGUCCGGCAGUCUGGAGGCAGCAACUUUCUUAGUGAGCAACUUCAACAAACCUCCAGGAAAAACUAGUAACGAGGAGAAUUCUACACUGCCUCUGCUAGAUAUUCGGAACGAGUUAGGAGAAUCGCCAUUGUACAGGGCUGCUGCUCUUGGUCACCCUGACCUGGUCCAGUUUUUUGCUGAAAAACUGGAGGAGAAUCCGGAGAAUCUUCUGAGGCACUUCCACCGAAAUGAUAGAAUGUCCAUUCUUCAUAUCGCAGUCAUUGGCCAACAAUUUAGGACUGCUCUUUGGUUGCAGAGGAAGUACCCAUUUCUUGCAACUAAGAGGGAAGGUAAAGGAUUGACAAGCCUUCAAUUGCUAGCCCAAAUGCCGACUGCCUUCACACCACAAUUUCAACAAAGCAGAUGGAAGAUGCUCAUAUAUUAUUGCCUUCCUGCUCGAGACCUGGAGGUCACAACAAAUCCCAAGGAUGAUGUGGAGAGCAGCUUGGGCAGCAACCAACACCCCCAAGCCAUCUCUUGGAAGAAGCCUGAAGGUAUUCUGAAGAUGUACACUUCCCUGUGGGACUUCCUCGCUAAAGAAAUGGACAUAAUCGAAAAGAUCUGGAAGGAUAAGAGAAUUAAACAUGCUCUUAAAAACCUCAUCCCUUUGCUCGUCGAGAAAGACAAUUCAUGGCAGAAUUCUAAAGAAGCAAAGGGCAAGACGAUAUCUCUGGGGUCAGUGGAAAAUCUUUGUAAGGGUGAUAAUGAUGGAGGAGAUCAACAAGGAGAGGAUUCUGCAGAACCAACCAAUUCUAAGAAGCGUGGCAUGUAUAAGUAUAACCCAUUGCUUAUAGCAACUAUCACUGGAAUUGUGCCUAUUGUUGCAGAGAUACUUAGGCAGCAUCCUCAGGCAGCUGAGCACGUUAGCCAUAGUGAACAGAACAUUUUGCAUCUGGCCAUUAAGCAUCGUCAAAGAGAGAUCCUUGAGCUUCUAAAAAGGAAGCCAACAACCAUCUCAAGGUUGAAUGAGAUGAUUGACAGUGACGGCAAUACCAUAUUGCACCAAGCUGCAGAUAGGAGCUACUACUCUGUAGCAAUUUCUCAGAAUUUAAUUGGUCCAGCCAUGCAAUUGCAAACAGAGUUGCGUUGGAUGAUGGGUGUGAAAAACAUAGUACCACCUCAUUACAUCAUGCACCACAACAACAAGGAUCAGACAGCGGAGGAGCUGUUCAAUGAUGAGCAUAAUGAGCUUCUGAAGUCAGCACAAGAAUGGAUAAAAGACACAGCUGAGUCGUGCUCAACUGUGGCAGUGUUGGUGUGCACUGUGGUCUUUGCAGCCGCCUACACCAUGCCUGGGGGUAACGAACCAAAUGGCCUUCCUGUUUUCCAUGAUUCUCCUCUCUUCUGGCUCUUCACCUGCAUGGAUGUCGUGGCCAUCGCUUGCUCAUUGUCCUCGGUAGCCUUUUUCCUCUCUAUCCUGUCCUCUCCCCUUGAGUAUCCGUUUUUCUGUCACGUUCUUCCCCGCAAGCUCAUGAUCGGGUUCACCUUGCUCUUCUUGUCAAUGGCAACCACCAUGCUUGCCUUUGCUGCAACCAUUUUGCUUGUGAUUCGUAUCGAGAAGAAAUGGACUAAGUCAAUGCUUUACUCUAUUGCCUUUUUUCCUGUCCCUCUAUUUGGCUUGCUGCAAUUUCCUAUGUACCAGUCUUUCAAAGAAAUAUAUCAUAAAAUUACCAAGAUUUUCCGCCCCUUCUUCGUUCCCUUUCUCGGCUUUUGCAAGAGGAGAUCAAUAUGUGGGACAAAUAAAUAUACACCCCAUUUGAAGUUCGAAACCCCAAGCGCGUCCAGAAACCAAAUCAAGGGAGACAACCCCUGUUUAAGUUUUUCCAUCUCAAACAGCAAAGCUGAGUCAUGGUUGCUAACCAGAUACCUUGAUCCUGAGCUUCGGAUUUCAAGGGAGACAACGGCAGUGUGUUCGUGCUCAUCAAGGCUCCCUGAUCAAACUCACACACACAAAUUUCGUGUACAUGAAGGAUAGGCUAGGUAUAAAACGAAGCAAAAACUACCACACACACAGC